GCCUGUCUGAUGAUAAAAUUUCAAAAAUAUUCUUUCAUUACUGGGUCAUCCUGCCUCCAGACGUGGCUAAUCAUUUUAUCGUGUAUAUGUAUAUAAUGGAUGUGUUUUACACUACUGAGGCAAGACGAUUGAAUAAUGAUAUUUAAACAUUUCAAUCAUUGUAAACAACAUCAUUUCCUGCAUAUCAGCCUUGGUAGUACUUUUAAACCACGGGCCUAAUAAAAUUUCAUUUCAUUUUUACCUUGAUCGAAUACGAGUAUGAGAUAUUACUUAUUUGUGGCGUUGGUUGCUAUAACCAUUCUCGGCUUUGGUUGUUCUUCAAAGACAAAAUAUGGCCCCUGUAAAUCUAAGUGUAAAAGGUUGAAGCUUGGGAAUUGUUCAAGAGUAUGCAGGGUCGAAACAGAUGAUACGAUUUGGAAGUCCUGCUGGAGAAGCUGCACGAGAAACUACACAUCUACUAUGGUCAAUAUAACCAGGGCAGUCCUCAGUGGAUGUGUCGAGCAUUGUAAAGUUGAUUUUGUGAAAAUAGUAAAUAAUGUGUCAUCGAGUGCAGAGGGUCCUGUUUUUACCAUGGAUGGAAACUUUUACAUGGUUUCAUACAAUGGAGGUGAAAUCCUCAAAAUUGACUUAACGAAGAAUUUGUCAAGUCUUUUAGUUGCACCAUCAGUGGGUGCAAAUAGCGGGAUGCCUACAGGAUCUCAAUGUGAUCAUAAUAAUAAUAUAUGGGUUGCGGACCAGAGAUUAGGCUUACUGAAAGUUUACAAAAAUGGUACCUUCCAUCAGAUUGCAACCAAGGACAACAAGAAUGCUACUAUACAAGGAUUUAACGAUCUUAUAUUUGACUAUCACGG